ACGGGGUGGUGACGUCACGCCGCAGAGACGCAGCAGCUGUAAACAGGGAGCGCUGCGCCUUUAAGACUUCAGAGGUACCGAAAGUGGGGAAGAGAAAAAAACAAAAAACAACAAAACCCCCUCCAGCAGCAGCGCAGCACUGUAGCCGCGGCGGCGUCAAUGUGCGCGCGAUGAGUUUAUUCCUCGACAUGGUGGUGUUUAAAGUCCUGCUGCUGUUUUACUGCCUGAGUGAUUCGAGCGGUCAGUAUGAGAAUCGCUUGAACAAGUACAUUCGGCACUACGAGGGCUUGUCCUACGACCCGAACAUCCUUCACAGCAAACACCAGAGAGCUAAAAGAGCUCUGUCUCACGAGGACAAGUUCGUCCACCUGGAGUUCCACGCUCAUGGCAGACACUUUAACCUGCGGAUGAAGAGAGACGCGUCUCUGUUUGCCCCAGACCUGAAGGUGGAGAUCUCUGGAGUGGAGAUACCAGUCGACACCUCACAUAUUUACAGUGGAGAGCUCUUUGGAGAGAAGGGCACUCUGACUCAUGGUUCAAUUGUGGAUGGAAAGUUCGAGGGCUUCAUUCAGAGUCAUGCGGGCAUGUAUUACGUGGAACCAGCUGAGCGAUACCUCGGAGAACGAAAUGUACCCUAUCACUCCGUCAUCUACCAUGAGGACGACAUCGAAUACCCUCACAAGUACGGCCGAGAGGGAGGUUGUGCAGAUCACUCCGUCUUCGAGAAGAUGAAGAAGUACCAGGCAUCUGCUGUGGAGACUCCCACUGAGGAAAAGAGCAGACAACAUGCAGUGGACAAGGAGGAGCAGACGGAUGAGCCGGUGAUCCUGAGGAAGCGCCGAGCCGCUCAGGUUGAGAAAAACACCUGCCAGCUCUUCAUCCAAACAGACCACCUCUUCUUCAAAUACUACCGGACUAAAGAGGCCGUCAUAGCUCAGAUCUCCAGUCACGUGAAGGCCAUCGACUCAAUCUAUCAGGCCACAGACUUCCAGGGCAUCCGCAACAUCAGCUUUAUGGUCAAGAGGAUCAGGGUUAACACCACAGAGGACGAGCUGAACAAAUCAAACCCGUUCCGUUUCGCCAACAUCGGCGUAGAGAAGUUUCUGGAGCUGAAUUCAGAACAGAAUCAUGAUGAAUUCUGCCUGGCUUACGUCUUCACUGACCGAGACUUUGAUGAUGGAGUUCUGGGACUAGCCUGGGUUGGAGCUCCAUCAGGAAGCUCUGGUGGGAUUUGUGAGAAGAGUAAGCUCUACUCAGAUGGCAAGAGGAAGUCUCUGAACACUGGCAUCAUCACCGUUCAGAACUAUGGCAGCCACGUUCCCCCUAAAGUCUCUCACAUCACCUUCGCACAUGAGGUCGGGCACAACUUCGGCUCCCCUCAUGACUCAGGCAGUGAGUGUACUCCUGGAGAGUCGAGGAACUCUGAGAUGAAGGAGCGAGGCAACUACAUCAUGUACGCCAGAGCCACAUCUGGAGACAAGUUAAACAACAACAAGUUCUCCAUCUGCAGCAUCCGUAACAUCAGCCAGGUGUUGGAAAAGAAGAGAGCCUUGUGUUUUGUCGAGUCUGGGCAGCCGAUAUGUGGAAACGGUAUGGUGGAGGCUGGAGAACAGUGCGACUGUGGCUACAGUGAUCAGUGUAAAGACCGUUGCUGCUACAGCGCCAAUGAGCCAGAUGGCAGAAAGUGCACACUGAAGCUUGAGACCAAGUGCAGUCCUAGUCAGGGCCCAUGCUGUACAGAACAGUGCGAGUUUAAGGGCCGUGAUCAGAAGUGUAGGAACGAGUCUGAUUGCGCUCUUGAGAGGAUGUGCAGCGGCAACACAGCACAGUGUCCAGCCUCUGUACCAAAGGCGAAUUUAACAGCGUGCCACGGAGACACACAAGUCUGCAUCAAUGGGGCUUGCACUGGCUCUAUCUGUGUUCGUUAUGGUCUGGAGAUGUGCACGUGCGGCACUGAAGAUGGGAAGGACGAGACAGAGUUGUGCCAUGUUUGCUGCAUGAAGAAGAAUCAGCCCGACACGUGCAGAAGUACGGGCUCUGAUGAAUGGGCAGAACACUUCAAAAACAAGGUUCGCACGCUGCAGCCCGGAUCUCCCUGUAAUGACUUUAAAGGCUACUGUGAUGUAUUUAUGAAGUGCAGACUGGUGGAUGCUGACGGGCCACUGGCCAGACUCAAGAAGGCUAUCUUUAACCCUGAGCUUUACGAGAGCAUCGCUGAGUGGAUAGUGGCUUAUUGGUGGGCUGUGCUGUUGAUGGGUAUCGCUCUCAUCCUGUUGAUGGCUGGAUUCAUUAAGAUCUGCAGUGUUCACACGCCAAGCAGCAACCCCAAACUACCCCCACCAAAACCACUGCCAGGUACACUGAAGAGGAGGAGAACUCAAGCUGCGAGUUCUCAGCCUCCGCAACAACGUGCAGUCCAGCGCCAUCCCAGAGAGAACUAUCACAUGGGUCAGAUGCGCCACUGAGCUCUGCACUCUGCCUUGGUUCUUCCUAGUGCCUACAACAGGAAACACUCCAAAGAGUUAAUGAACCAAUCAAUUAACCACAUCCACAGACUUAAAGAACUGACUAAAGGAAACAGAUCUCCCACAGCAAACUUCAAACUGCUCUAUAAAGCAGUGAUGCUGUUCUCAUACUGAAGAACGACCGGAUGAGGAGAAGAGAAAAUCACUGCUUUACGUUCUUAUGAGGAUAAAAUAUAUAUAUAUAUAAUUUUUGUUUGUUUGUUUGUUUUCACACCUAAUUUUCUUGGGCAUCUCUCAGUGCACAGAGUGCUUCAAGGUUCUUGUCUUUCUCCACGUUUAAUCCCCCCCACCCAUAUUUCCCCUAAACACUGCCAUCCUGCUCCGAAUGACAUGACGGGGAAGUGCAGUGGUUCUGUGGUCCAAUAAGGCAAGGCAAGGCUGAGCAAGCAAGAGUCCCUUCUGCAUAGACUCUUUUGCCAAUGUGAUUAAAAAAUAUUAUUAAGGAAAAGUGGAAGAAUAUAAAAUGCAAGCUUUUUUAAAGUUCACAUUCUCUCUUUCUUUCUUUUUCUUUUCAGUUGUACAGUUUUUAACAAAAAUGUUUUUUUUUUCCUAGUGUAUCUUAUGAUUGUGUUUUUUCUUCUGAUGAAUACAAGUUAUUUACUAUUUUAAUUGACACUCAGGACAAAUUACAAAGCCUAAAGCAUUGUGUGUAUCAGAGGGGUGAAUGGAAAAUGCCUGAUGAUUCUUGGUGAUGUGGGUUUUUGUUUUUUUUCUUUUCAUCUUUUAAUCUUGCGCUUGUUCUAUGACCAGGAUGGAGUCUUCUUCUUCUUCUUCUUUUUGUAAGUUUAAUCCUGAUCUCAUGCACUUGUUGCAUUUGAUGAGUUGCGUAGUUUAGACUGAGUGAAAAUUUUAAAAAUCCUUAGAAAGGAAGCAAGAGAGAAAAUUUGACUUGUGAUUGUGUUACCUUUUGGUGAAUGGCCUUAUUUCGCAUACAUUCAGCUGUGAAAGAUUGUGAGAAGUGUGUGUGUGGGUUUUUUUUCUCUCCCAUGUUGUAUUUGGAGUGUCGAGUUCAUGCCCGCUACCAGAUCCACCACUGUCCGAGAUGUUUUACAUACAGCUACCUAGAAAUUUCCUGGGGCAUGACUAUCGUCUAAACUUUCGUUGCUCUGAGAGCAGCUGCUAAUAGAGAGACCUGUUGGGGAAAAUUUUGAAGUUUGGAAACCAAACUAAAGAAAAACUCGAAGGACUUACAGGUCCUAGUUUCUACAUGACCACUUUCCAUAUCAAAACGAAUACAGAAAGUUCAUUCAGGAAAAAAGCAGGAUCUGAAAACCACAUGAUCAUAGUGGAACUGUGUAGAUAAAAAUGUAGAUUUUCACCUAUUUAUACCCGAGUUGUUGAUAAAAUCAUGGCAUCCCUUAAGCCCUGUUCCAGAUCCACAGUAUUUAUGUGGUUGAUUUUUGUUAGCCAAAAAUAAAUUUGUUUGUGGUGUAAAAGUGUGACGUUGUGAGAUGAAGCACCGGCUGGGAAACCACGAGCACCUUUUCGGCGUAGAAGGGCUAUGAGAAUAUUUUCUUAUUCUGUCCCGUAUCUACUGUACACAAUGUGUAAAAAAUCCGUCACAAAUUUCUUCUUUCUGUUACACCACCUGCAGUCUCACCCUUAUUCUGUCGCCCAUGUGCAGAAGACGGUCUGUAAACACUUUCAGUGCCUGAUGAGCAGCAGGACAAAUCUGUGCCAGCCUCUUUACAGGGUCAUAUACAGUACACAUCUGCUGCGUUGAUUUGAUUUUCUGAGAUGUUCAUUUGCGAAGAAAACGCUCCGCUCAGAGAGGGCAGACUGUCAGGCAGUAAUUAAAGCAGCGCUAAUUUUACUGCCUUUUUUUUUUUUUAAAUAUUCUUCAUUUUUCUCUUGCUGCUGCAGACCUUGUGUACCAAAACAAAAUUACAUUAUAUUCCGUCCGUAAUAAAACAUUGCAGUACAAAUUUAAAACAAAUUACAAGAUAAUCUAAUAAAACUCUUUCCCUUGUUGGAGCAUCUGUUGGUUCAUAUAACACAUUUGAAAACUGUAGCUAAUGCUUUUCCUGAUUUGGAGCUUUCUUGAAAAGAGCAGUGGAGCAGCUCAGUCAGAGAUCCAGCGCCUCAAAGCAUGUUUUUCUUUUUAUUUAUUAGUGAACAGGUUACUUCAAGUCAUGCCAUCCAUCUGUCAUUAGGAAAGUGAGGUAUUCCCUUAUUCUACUCAAGUGUUGUUCUGCCGAGCAGUGGUUGGCGGUAGUGUUUUGCUUGAAUUUCGAGGCCCAGAUGUGACCGAAUCAUUCUUGUUCUUCUGUGGUAAAGUGGUGUAGUUGGGGUUUUCAGGGCAGGGAAGACUUUUUAAUUCAAACGUCUUUCUUUUUUUUUUUUUUUUCAGGUCUUGCUUUAAACAUACAAGAGGAAUGUGCACUGAUACGGAUGCAAAAUGUGUGGAAUUUGAAAGAUUGAGAAAUGUCUAAUACUACUGUUUGAUUUUAAUGGCCGCUGUGUUUUAUACAGUACCCGAUCUCUUGUUUUUCUUUUUCAUAAUUCUGAUUAUUUUUUCCCUUUUCCUUUUAUUUGCGCUCAAUUUGAAAACUUUUUACUAAAAAUGCAAAAAGUAUUGUGCAAAGAUAUGUAAUUUUUUGAAGUACUUGAAAUGCGUUAAUAAAAAUAGAUUUGGUCAAUUUCUCAGUACACAGUUUAUUCACAUUAAUAAAAACAGACUUGAAAAACA